AUGUAUAAAUGUAGUCUAUGGUGCUUUUAAUAAUUUACAAUAAUUUGAUGUAUAAGUAUAAGAAGAAUUUAUUAUAAUUAACAAGAUUGUGGAUACUGUCACUUAUCUGUCACUAUCUGAAAAAAAUCUGUAAAAAGGAAGAAUUUACAAGGCGAGAUGAAUGCACCUCCGACUUUCGAGUCAUUUUUGCUAUAUGAAGGAGAAAAAAAGAUAAUAAAGGAACAAGAUACCAAAGUGCCAAAUGCUGCAAUUUUUACAAUCAACAAAGAGGAUCAUACUUUGGGGAAUAUGAUUCGGAAUCAAUUACUAAAAGAUCCUCAAGUAUUAUUUGCUGGAUACAAAGUUCCUCAUCCACUGGAACACAAGUUUGUUAUUAGAAUACAAACAACAUCAGAUUAUACUCCACACGAAGCAUUUAUGCAUGCCAUCACCGACUUGAUUUCGGAACUUUCACUGUUUGAGGAACGUUUUAAAGAGGCAAUCAAGGAGAAGAAAGAAGGUUUGGAUUAAAUACGACCUGAAGAUACAUAUUUUAUUAAUUUUUCUUUUGCUUAAUAGUUCAUUAAAACAUAUGAUAUAUAUAUUAAAUCUAAUAAAAACAUUUGUAAAUAA